UUGUACUGAGGGUUGUGUAGAGAUGUUUAUUUUAUAUUUGUUUGUCACAAGCAGUCUGCUGUGUUCAGGGUCCGCCCAUUGGGAGGACUCCGACACAGACGACAUCCUGAACUUGCUGCGCCGCGCCAACGUGUACAAGACAUUCCGGCACUGGAUGCUCCAGAACAACAAGGUGUAUGACGACCUCAGGUCCACCUGGGACAGGUUCCAGAUUUUCAAGGACAAUGUCGCCAAGGUCAUCCAGAUGAACGAGAAGAGCAACGGCCUGGCAGUGUUUGGCCUGACAGAGUUCGCUGACCUCACCCCAUUAGAGUUUAUACAGUUGGUGCUUAACGGUCUACUAAAGCCAGACAUUCCUGACAGAAGCGACAACCACACAAACGUCACCGGGAUUGUGCACGAGAGUUUCGACUGGACGAAGGAGGGGGUGGAGACGGCGGUGAGGGACCAGGGCAACGUGGGCACGUGCUACAUCUUCACCGCCCUCGACGUCAUCGCCUCCAGAUGGAGGCUCAAGGGACACGACCCGGUCAACCUGUCCCACGAGCAAGUGGCGGACUGCUUGGCCUUUCAUGACGACCGAACCUCCGAGAAGAUGGCGUGCGGCAUCAAUGGCGGCGUGCCCCAGGCCGUGUACGAGUACAUCAAAAAUGUGGGCGGUAUCACACGGGAAGAGGAUUACCCUUACUGUGUGGGGAGCGGUCGGUGUAAACCUUGUGCACCGGAAGGCUAUUUCCCACGACUGUGUGGCAUGUACCCCAUCCAACACUGCGUCGUGUCAGACAGCUGUAAGGCCAAGUUGAGACGGGAGAAGUUUGUACCUGGGCUCAAAGUGGCCAGGUGGAACUACGUCACGGCCAACGAGGAGCAGUUGGCCAUCGAGCUGGAGAGAUACGGGCCACUGGCCGCGGCGCUGGAUGCCGCGGACUUGCAGCUGUACCGGAAGGGCAUCAUAGUCCCAGACAAAUGCCGCUCCCAGAACAUCAACCACGCCGUCCUGCUGGUGGGCUACGGGUCAGAGAGCGGCACCAAGUUCUGGAGACUGAAGAACUCGUGGGGACGAGAGUUUGGUGAGAACGGUUACUUCCGGAUUGCCAGAGACAUAGGAGCGUGUGGCAUCAAUCAGUUUGUUACUAACGUCGAGUUGGAAUAAUGUCCCAG